AUCAGCAGCAGACAAAGACACACUCUGACACACUCACACACACACAGUUUAGCACAGGACUGUCAUACACACAGCUCUGUCUUCCUGGGAUAUGAACACUCUCGUCCUCACCUGUCUCCUCUGUUUCGUAGCCUACAGAGCACUUGGCGCUCAGGGAUCUGAAGCCACGGUCAUCACAGCACUAGCUGGAGUGACAGGGGGUACGGUCUCCGGGGAGGGCCUCCCGAGUUCUAUGAGCUACGAUGAUGAGCUGGAAAUAGACACAGAACUAUCCGGAGGAGACAACGAGAAUUUCAGCUCUUAUGACUCACAUCCUGGUAAAGAUGAGAAGAAGAAAAGGAAAGGCAAAGGCAAAAGAAAGAACAGGCUUAGGAGCAAAGGCACAACGCCUUUAAACCCUGAGCACACACUCUUCACCAGUGGACACACAUCCACUCACUCUUUGACCCACAGCACCACAGAGGACCCCUGCACCACCUCUCACCUGGGCUACUGCAUUCAUGGUUACUGCAAGCACAUAGAGGGCCUGGAGGAGCCAGUGUGCAUAUGUAUAAAGGGAUAUGACGGGGAGCGCUGUGGGAUCCAAACUCUGGAGACCAAAUUAAAAAACAACCCGGAACAGAGCAACACUGAGUUGGUGCAGACGGUGUUGGUUAUCAUUGCUGUGGUCCUGUCAGUCAUCAGCUGUAUGGCCAUCCUCCUCAUGACCUGUGCUCAUUACAGAUCACAUAAAAACUUCCUGGCAUCCUACCUGGGAACUGGGUCGGAGCAGGAGAAGCUACAGAAACCAAUGGCUGACGUUGUUGUGUGAAGGCGUCAGGUUACAUGGAGCCUGCUGCACGUUUCAAAGACGGAGAAGAUGAAAUAAGUCUGAAGAUCUGAGAAAAUAAGUAGCGGGAAUAGACUGCUUUGUUAGAUGCUCUGUAUGAUAAAACACUGUCCAGAACUUGUUAGAAUGUAAUUUAUUUAGUGUGAUUAUUUAUUGCUAAAAACUUAAAGUAUUUGUAAGUUGCACUGCUAUUAUGAUGUCUGUUAGUUCCUUUAACGUAUCUGUAAGUUUUGUUUUAUUUAUUGCACUGCUGUUGUUAUAGGUCAGUCAAACACUCUUCAUCCCAUUCUGGAAAUGGGAUGGAACUUGAUAACCAAUAAAGUGUCUCAGUGUUAGGUUAAA